AUGGACCUCCGUGUGAUUGACCUCACACCCGCAAGUGAAUCACAGCUGCAGCGCACCCUCGAUGAGGUCAAGGACUUUGCUACGACGGAUAUGGACCGCGGCGGUCCCGAGCGCUGGACAUAUCGCAUGCUUCCUGAGCCCGCGGUAGCUGAGGAGUUGAGGAGACUCGCGUGUCCACAGACGGUGGCUAGUGUCGACGCCGUGUCGUUGCAGCCGUGUAGGACGUGGCAUUAUCGCAGCCAGGACCGACAUAAGGUUGAGCAGUGGACACUCCCCUGCGGCACUUGGACAUACACAGCUGUGUUUGAUGGUCAUAUGAACCACCAUACUGUCGACCACAUAUCAGCUGCGCUCGGGCCUUACUUGAAGGAUUCUUUAGCCGCUGCGUUACGUUCACGGCCUCCCGACCCCAAGAUCCCCGCCAUCGUCUCUAGCGUCCUGGAACGUUCCCUGGAACACCUCGACGGCACGCUUGUAUCCGAUUUUCUCUCUGUCUUCCCGUCCACCAAAGCGGAAGAGCUGCGCGGUCUCCACCCGUCGCGGGUGAAGCAGCUUCUGAGCGACUGCCCUCCCGGAGAGAAGGGUCUAUCGGGGUAUAUCAGAGCCGCACGAGCGUUCGGCGGAACCACCGCGCUUGUCACGCUCGUAGAUCCCACAAAAAGCCAUUUAUGGGUCGCCAACGUAGGCGACUGCGUCGCGGUUCUUGGACAAAAGGAUGCCGCCGGCAACUGGCGCGGCACCGUCGUCAACUCUAUUCACAACGGGGGUAACCCCGGCGAAUUGGAGCGCAUACGGUCAGAACAUCCAGAAGAGGCGGACUGCACGUGGAACAACCGAGUUCUGGGCUUCCUCGCGCCGACGAGAGCCAUCGGCGACGCGUGGCUGAAGCUGCCCGCCGUGUACGCGGAGCUCGUGCUCAAGCACCUCGACGCGGACUGGUUCUCGCCCGAGGUCAUGGAGCCGCACGUUCCGCGCAUCCGCACGCCCCCGUAUCUCUCGAACACGCCCGACGUGUACCACAUCCCGCUCCGGGACAAGGACGGGGGUGCCCAGGUGAGGGGUAACGCCGCGCCUCAGAGGAUACUGAUCCUCUGCUCCGACGGGCUCUCCGACUUAUAUGACGGCUACACUUUCCAAGACAUGGCCACGGAGUGGGUGCAGGUCGUCGGCCAGGAGCUGGACUCAGCGGCCGCACCUGGCGCUGCCCGCGCGCACACAAACCUGGCAUUGGCGCUUCUCAGGGAAGCCAUAGGUGGUAAUGAUGCACAGCUUGUUUCGCGGAACCUGACGGUCGAGAUGGAAGAGCGGUGGAUGGACGAUACCACGAUAGUUGUGCAACGUCUCCCUUGA